AUGAAAACUGAAGAUAUGUCGAAAUGCGAUCCUUUUCGCUCAAAAACAGAAUUCAAAGGAAAAAAGCAGAAACGAUCACAGGGUUCAUCACAUUAUCGGCCGAAGGCACCAACGGAACUGACACCUCUUCCUCCCCUCAGAGAUGCCCCCGCGAACGAACAGCAGGAAUUAUUCAUAAAAAAACUCCAACAAUGCUGUGUUGUUUUUGACUUUUCUGAUGCUCUCACGGACACGCAGAGUAAAGAAAUCAAGAGGACGUGCUUGAGUGAGCUAGUGGAAUAUGUCACCGUUACUCGGGGCGUUCUCAACGAAAAUACUUAUCAGGAUAUUAUUAGGAUGAUUGCAUGUAAUAUAUUUCGAACAUUGCCUCCAUCUGAUAAUCCCGACUUUGAUCCGGAAGAGGACGAUCCUGUACUUGAUUCUGCCUGGCCUCAUCUCCUUUAUGUCUAUGAGUUUUUUCUUCAUGUUCUUGAGUCUACUGAGUUCCAGCCCAGCAUUGCCAAGCGCUACAUUGACCACAAAUUCGUGCUACAGCUUCUGGAACUGUUCGAUAGCGAGGAUCCCAGAGAACGUGACCUUCUUAAGACUGUUGUACACCGCAUUUACGGGAAGUUUCUCGGUCUUCGUUCUUUUAUCAGAAAGCAGAUCAAUAAUAUCUUUCUGCGCUUCAUUUAUGAGACCGAACAAUUUAAUGGAGUCGGUGAAUUGCUCGAAAUUCUCGGUAGCAUUAUUAAUGGGUUCGCUCUCCCACUUAAAUCAGAGCACACACGAUUUCUCAUAAAAGUCCUCAUUCCGCUUCACAAGGCCAAGUCAUUGGGGAUGUUUCACGCCCAACUAGCCUACUGCGUGGUGCAGUUUCUUGAGAAGGAUUACAGUCUCACAGAGGAGGUCGUUAAAGGGCUGCUCAAAUUCUGGCCCAAAACAUACUCCCAAAAGGAGGUUAUGUUUCUUGGUGAAAUUGAAGAGAUUCUCGAUAUAAUUGAUCCGACGCAAUUCAAGAAGAUUAUGGUGCCUCUCUUCCGUCAGAUUGCCAAAUCCGUAUCCAGCUCCCACUUCCAGGUGGCGGAGCGGGCUCUGUACUACUGGAACAACGAAUACCUUGUGUCUCUUAUUGAAGAAAAUAAUGAGGUUCUUCUGCCCAUUCUUUUUCCCUCUUUUUACCGGAUUUCAAGAGAGCACUGGAAUCAAACCAUCGUCGCACUAGUUUUCAAUGUUCUCAAAACAUUCAUGGAGAUGAAUCCCGUUCUCUUCGAUGAAUUAACCAAAAACUACAAAACUGAGCGGCAAAAGGAGAGGCGACGAGAGAAGGAAAGGGAUGAUCUUUGGAGGAGGUUGGAGCAGCUAAACUUGUCUGGUUCUGGCGACGACAAUGUCAGUGGUGGCAGUGGCGCACCGUUUUGUGGCCCUACCGACAGCAUUGGUGGCGCCAGUGGCAGUGGUGAGGACGGUAUUGAACAAGUUGAAACUGCCAAGUCCGCUGCUGGUGAUCUUCCAUCGAACAAUUCCUCCUCGAUUCUCUCUUCUGCCGCAACCGCCCCUCCUACAAAGGUCUAA